AAGAUGGCUCCUCAUAUAAAAUCAGCCUCCUGGCUUCUCUAUUGCGAACAACAAAAUAAGUCUUUAUAUCUCAUUAGAUUAAAACAUUGUUCCGGUAGCAGUUCUGCGGGAUAAUUUAAGCUUUACGGUGGUAUAUGUGUAACUUAAGGCAUGAUUCUGUGACGCCAGUUGUUCGAGAGAAAAGCGGGACCUAUUUAGAAACUAUGAAUUAGGAGCACUCAUCUCGACUGUCUGGCUUUGGAAGGCAGCGCGACAGAUCAGGGCCUCUAUUCAGGAAACCUAUUUAAAAAAACAGUGUAUCAAAACUGUUAAAUUCAUGGUGUCUUUCUACGCCUGCCCGGAUUACAGAAUAGCACAGUGACGCUCUGGAUCACAGCAUGGCUGUUUCAAGGCUUGACCGUCUGUUCAUUCUGCUGGACACGGGUACAACUCCAGUGACUAGGAAGGCUGCAGCCCAGCAGCUGGGGGACGUUGUCAAACUCCACCCACAUGAGCUUAACAACCUGUUAUCUAAGGUUAUAACAUACUUGAGAAGCCCAAAUUGGGACACACGCAUUGCAGCUGGCCAGGCAGUCGAAGCCAUUGUUAAGAAUAUUCCCGAAUGGAGUCCAGCCCCCAAGCCUAAAGAAGAGUCGUGCUCGGAUUCAUGUCUGGAAGAUACCUCAUCGGACCGACUCAGCUUCUACAGGUUUGACAUCACUCGUUUGCUGAAACAUGGUGCAUCUCUUCUUGGGUCUGCUGGAGCCGAGUUUGAAGUCCAGGAUGACAAAUCAGCUGAGGUGGAUCCCAAGGAGCGGCUGGCCCGGCAGAGGAAGCUGCUGCAGAAGAAACUAGGUCUGGACAUGGGGGCUGCCAUUGGGAUGGACACAGAGGAGCUCUUCAAUGAUGAGGACCUGGACUAUUCUCCAAGCUGCAACCCUGGAGGGCAGAAAGCCUCAGGGGUAAAGGCUUCGGUCUAUCCAGCCUCACGCAACCACCAUGCGACUAUGCAGGCAGCUGAGCUGAUAGAUUCGGAGUUCCGGCCAGGCAUGAGUAAUCGACAGAAGAACAAGGCGAAGAGGAUGGCCAAGCUGGUGGCCAAGCAGAGAUCCAGGGACAUGGACACCAAUGAGAAAAGCAACGACAGCUUUGAAGGGGAACCCGAGGAGAAACGCAGAAAAACCACAAAUGUUGUUAUUGAGCAACCAGCGGUGGAGCACAAAGUCUUAAUAGAUAACGUUCCAGAUAACUCAAACUUGUUUGAGGAGACACAAGAAUGGCCACUAGAGAGUUUUUGUGAUGAGCUCUGUAACGAUCUUUUCAAUCCUUCUUGGGAGGUUCGGCAUGGUGCUGGGACUGGCCUCAGGGAGAUUCUCAAAUGUCACGGUGCUGGGGGCGGCAAGCUGGUUGGGAGUACCGUUGAGGAGAUGGCUCGGCAGCAUCAAGAGUGGCUAGAAGACCUUGUCAUACGGCUGCUUUGUGUGUUUGCCCUUGACAGAUUUGGAGACUUUGUGUCUGAUGAGGUGGUAGCGCCGGUUAGGGAGACGUGUGCCCAGACGCUGGGCAUGGCCCUGAGACACAUGCUGGACGGUGGUGUCACGACGACAGUGGACAUAUUGCUCAAGCUGUUGACAGAGGACCAGUGGGAAGUCCGGCAUGGAGGACUUUUAGGCAUUAAGUAUGCCCUGGCAGUUCGACAAGAUCUGAUUGGAACGCUGCUUCCCAGGGUUUUGCCUGCCAUUAUCGAGGGUCUCCAGGACUUGGAUGAUGAUGUCAGGGCUGUAGCGGCUGCUGCACUCAUCCCUGUUGUGGAGGGACUGGUGCAACUGCAGCCCACUGAGGUCCCGUUCAUCGUAAACACGUUAUGGGAUGCUCUUUUGGAGCUGGAUGACCUUACUGCUUCCACCAACAGCAUCAUGACUCUGCUUUCGUCACUGCUUACCUAUCCUCAGGUCCGACAGAGCAGCAUCCAGCAGUCUCUCACUGUUCUUGUCCCUCGGGUCUGGCCAUUCCUCCGCCACACAAUAUCCUCUGUACGCAAGGCAGCACUAGAGACUCUCUUCACCCUCUUAUCCAAAGCUGACCAGAGCUGUGCCGAAUGGCUCACCCCCAUCCUUCAGGACGUGCUGAGGCACAUUUUCCAGUCAUGUAUCCUGGAGAGCAACCAAGAGAUUUUGGAACUUAUCCAGAAGGUUUGGACUGAGUUGAUCAGCCAGGCCCUGCAGCAGUAUGUGGUGGCGGCCAGCUGCCCGUGGAUGGGGGCCUGGCUCUGUCUUAUGAUGCAGCCCUCUCAUAUCCCCAUAGACCACAACAUGCUGCUGGAGGUGAAGGCACGCUCCAAGGAAAAAUCAUGUGGGAAGCCUCGGCAGGGCCCCAAUCAGGUGAAGGAGACGAUCCAGGAGUACAUUGCUGGAGCAGAAACUGUGACGGAAGACCCUGCCACGCGGGACUACGUGGUGAUGCGAGCCCGGCUCAUGGCUGCCAAGUUGCUGGGGGUGCUGUGUCACUGCAUCUGCGACCCCCGGCUCAAUGCCACCACCCAGGAAAUCCGGCCCGCCGAGUCGCUGGCCCAGUUACUGCUCUUCCACCUGAACUCCAAGUCGGCCCUACAGCGCGUCGCUGUGGCCCUGGUGCUGUGUGAAUGGGCAGCUUUGCCCCAGGAGUGCAGAGUCGUGUCCAGCGCAGUGCAGCCGCGCUUACUGGCCAUCCUGUCGGAGCACCUAUACUACGACGAGAUCGCCAUCCCCUUCACCCGCAUGCAGAAUGAGUGUAAGCAGCUUAUCGCCCUGCUGGCCGACGCCCAGAUCGACGUCAGCGAACGAGUUAACUGCUCGGUGUUCACCAUCGAUCAGGCCAACGAGCUGCUGACCACCAUCUUCUCCGAGUCCACAGCAGGCAUGAACGUGAAGUCGAGGUGCUGGCAGCCCCUGGACAGCAAGCGGCAGCAGGCUCUGUCCACGGUGGGCGAGACCAGUCAGGAGUGGCAGCUGCUGCACCUGCGCGUGCACAUGUUCGCCGCCUGCGCCACCGUCAACCUGCAGGUGCUGCCCGACAAGCUGAACCCGGUGAUCCGGCCGCUGAUGGAGGCGGUGAAGCGGGAGGAGAACACGCUGGUGCAGGGCUAUGCAGCCGCAUUCAUCGCCAGGCUGCUGCGGCAGUGUGCCGUCCGCUCGCCCUGCCCCAAUGGCAAGAUUAUAAAGAACCUUUGUAGCUCUGUCUGUGCGGACCCACUGCUCACGCCAUCUGCAGCCUGCCCUGUCCCACCUAGCCAGGAGCCCGUGAAAGCUGGCGUGUCAGAUAAAGAUGGCAUGAACCACGUGGUCAACAAAACGAAGGGGAUCAUCACACUGUAUCGUCACCAGAGAGCAGCAUUUGCCAUCACGAGUAAAAGAGGCCCCGCGCCCAAAGUUCAGAAGACCUCACCCACAGAUUUGCCUCCUGGCAGCAUGGUUGCCAUAGACACGGAUGAGAGUAAAAAGCCAUGCCUCAUUCAGAGAAGAGGAGCCGAGUUCUCCCUGAUGACCAUUGCCAGGCACUUUGGCACAGAGCUGACAGCAACGCUGCCCUGCCUCUGGGACGCCAUGGUGGGGCACCUGAAGGGGGUUUGUGACGGGCAGGAACGUUCUCUGGACUGUAACCUGCUGCUGGAGAAAGGAGACGCUGCAGCCCAGGAGCUCAUUAACUCUCUGCAGGUGCUGGAGGUCACAGCGGGGGCCAUGUCCUCCGAGCUCGUCCCCCUGCUACUGGAGCACCUGCCACACCUCUGCACCUGCCUGCAGCAUCCCUACACGGCAGUCCGUCACAUGGCUGCACGCUGCUUGGGCGUGCUCAGCAAGAUCGCCACCAUGGAAACCAUGAACGUCUUCCUGGAGAAGGUGCUACCAUGGCUGGGGGCGAUAGAUGACACCACUAAGCAGGAAGGUGCCAUCGAGGCCAUGGCCUGCGUGAUGGAGCAGCUGGACGUGGACAUCGUGCCCUACAUCGUGCUGCUGGUGGUGCCGGUGCUCGGCCGCAUGAGCGACCCAAGCGACAGCGUCCGUUUCAUGGCCACGCAGUGCUUUGCCACGCUUAUCCGCCUGCUGCCUUUGGAGGCCGGCAUCCCAGACCCCCCGAACAUGUCGGACGACCUCAUCAGGCAGAAGGCCAGGGAAAGGCACUUUCUGGAGCAGCUUCUAGAUGGGCGCAAGCUGGAGAGCUACAAGAUUCCUGUUCCCAUCAAAGCGGAGCUGAGGAAAUACCAACAGGAUGGAGUCAACUGGCUUUCGUUCCUGAACAAGUACAAGUUGCACGGCAUCCUGUGUGAUGACAUGGGUUUGGGGAAAACACUGCAGUCCAUCUGCAUCAUAGCAGGGGACCACUACCUCAGGGCUCAGGAGUAUUCCAAAAGCAAGGCUGCGGACUGCUGCCCCCUACCCUCCCUUGUGGUAUGUCCUCCCACGCUGACUGGCCAUUGGGUGGACGAGGUGAGCAAGUUCUGCGCCAAAGAGUAUUUGAACCCCCUGCAUUACACCGGGCCUCCCACAGAGCGCAUGCGGUUACAACAUCAGGUGAAAAAGCACAACCUCAUCGUGGCUUCGUAUGACGUCGUACGCAACGAUAUUGACUUUUUUAGGAAUAUUAAAUUCAACUAUUGUAUACUGGAUGAAGGCCAUGUGAUAAAGAAUGGGAAGACGAAGCUAUCCAAGGCAAUCAAGCAGCUGUCUGCCAACUUCCGGGUCAUCCUCUCCGGCACGCCCAUUCAGAACAAUGUACUGGAGCUCUGGUCUCUCUUCGACUUUCUCAUGCCUGGCUUCCUGGGCACUGAGCGCCAGUUUGCUGCCCGCUAUGGGAAGCCCAUCCUUGCCAGUCGUGAUGCCAAGAGUUCGUCCCGGGAGCAAGAGGCGGGUGUGCUUGCUAUGGAAGCACUACAUCGGCAAGUUCUUCCCUUUCUUCUGAGGAGGAUGAAGGAAGAUGUGCUUCAGGAUCUGCCACCUAAAAUCAUCCAGGAUUACUACUGCAAUCUCAGCCCCCUGCAGGUGCAACUGUAUGAGGAUUUUGCCAAAUCUCGGGCAAAGGUAAAUGUGGAAGACAGUAUCUCAACAGCCAUCGUGCCAGAGGAAGAAGACACACCCAAGCUAAAGGCGACCGGCCAUGUGUUCCAGGCUCUGCAGUACCUGAGGAAGCUCUGCAAUCACCCUGCCCUAGUUCUGACUCCCGUGCACCCUGAGUAUAAGCGCAUCACUGAGCAGCUCACAGCCCAGCACUCCAGCUUGCGGGACAUCCAGCACGCCCCCAAACUGUCAGCACUCAAACAGCUGCUCCUGGAUUGUGGCCUAGGAAGUACGGGCUCCUCCGACGUGGCCACUGAGGCAGUGGUGGCCCAGCACCGCGUGCUGAUCUUCUGCCAGCUGAAGAGCAUGUUGGAUAUCGUGGAGCAUGACCUGCUAAAGCCCCAGCUUCCUUCUGUCACCUACCUACGCCUGGAUGGCAGCGUGCAAGCUGGCUUGCGCCAUUCCAUAGUCUCCAGGUUCAACAAUGACCCGUCCAUAGAUGUUCUUCUGCUAACCACCCAUGUAGGUGGACUGGGUCUUAACCUCACAGGGGCCGACACAGUGGUCUUCGUGGAACAUGACUGGAACCCGAUGAGGGAUCUUCAGGCCAUGGAUCGUGCCCACAGGAUAGGACAGAAACGUGUAGUGAACGUGUACCGCCUCAUUACCCGGGGCACGUUGGAGGAGAAGAUCAUGGGUCUGCAGAAGUUCAAGAUGAGCAUCGCCAACACUGUCAUCAGCCAGGAAAACGCCAGUCUUCAGAGCAUGGGCACAGAGCAAUUGCUGAACCUUUUUACCCUGGACAAGGAUGAAAAGUUGGAGAAAGGGGAGCCAUCUGCCACUUCUUCUUCAGGAAAGGCCUCCAUGAAGUCGGUUCUGGACAGCCUGGGAGAUCUUUGGGACCAGCAGCAGUAUGAUGCAGAAUACGACCUGGACAAUUUCAUGCAUUCUCUUCAAUGACCUGCCAAAGCAGUGACUCCUUUAAGAAAAGCUUAAAUCCUCUAAAGUCAAACCCACCCCACCCCACAGUGUGACCCGGACGGCCUCCCGUGCCGUUUCUCUGACAGCGCACCACGACUGCUUGUGAAGUGUAACGCACGUUCGUCACAAACACCAAGUUCUUUUUAAGCUCAGUCUUAAACCAUUCAUUUUCUUCUCAUUCUGAUAUGCACAUGGAAGUGAAGAUUUGGAUGAACAAGUACACAGGUCUGUUUUGAGCAGAUGUCCCCUGUAGAAACCUCCAGCCACGUGAGCCGAUUAUGCCACAAUGAGUGGUACAUGUACUAGUGACAUUGUCUUAUGCAGUACAUGCAGUUUUGGACUGAAUAUCCCCGCCCUCCACUUACUUGUUUUUGCACAGCAAACCUCCAGGGGGUGCUCUUUUGCCUCCAAUUUUUUUCCUUAAGCCCAGAAUCUUCUCUCAGCUAUCACCUUCAAAGUGGUCUGUGAAUUGCUUUUUAAUACCUAGUGGAAGAGUUCUAGCCAGUAUCCUCCCCAUCUAUCAGCCAAUCAUGGUAUCGUUCCUCUAAAUGUCCGCUUUAACACUGCAGUGCAUACCGGUACGCAGGUACUUAGGGUUGGGAAAUCACUGCUCCACAGCCUAUAGAGAGGGUCUUUUAAAAAAAGCAAAACAAAAAAAAAUGUGGAAUUGUAAAUAUUUAUGUACUCGCUCUUUGUUUAGGCUGAUAGAAUUAAUAAAUUCUUAAGAGCUUU